AUGCUGAGAUGUCGUGAGGUCGCUGACCCUCAAGGAGAUUCGCGUACAUUCAAGUUGCGUGUAGCCACGGCCAACGUCCUUACCCUCUUUCCAGGACAAGAACAUGCCUCCAGCGCUCUUGGUGCGCGUGCAGAAAGUCUUGCAGAUCAAUUUGUUCAAGAAGGACUUCAUGUCAUUGGGUUACAAGAGACUCGUGCUCGUAUGACAGGACAUUCCACUUUAGAAGCCUUUCAUGUUCUGUCGAGCCCAGCAACGCAACGUGGACAAAGCGGCGUUCAACUUUGGAUGCGACGGUCUAUUGCGACUGACAGAGGACCUAUCCCUGUUGAGCUUUCAGACCUUCGCAUCCUUCAUGCAACAUCUAGACGGUUGAUUGUACGUUGGUCAUAUCCAGGAUGUCGCUUGCUUUUCAUCGUGGUUCAUGCCCCCUCCGAUGAUGACGAGGACACUGUACAGGCCUACUGGGACGCCACGACAGAAGCUAUUCCUGUGGCCUAUCGUCACUGGCAGACUGUCGUUCUGGUCGAUGCAAACAGUCGCAUAGGCAGCACUCCUUCUGCAUCUGCGGGCCCUCAUCAAGCUGACUUUGAGAAUCCCAAGGGCACCUGCUUCCAUGCGUGGCUCACAUCGCAUGGGCUUUUUGUGCCGCAGACUUUUGAGGAAUGCCAUUUUGGACCAGGCGCUACGUGGACUCAUCCGAAGGGGACCUCUGCGCGGCUUGAUUUCAUCACAGUUUCGGAUAACAUCCACCCUUCGACCAUCAGCUCUUGGGUUAGUUCUUCCUUGAUCUGGCAUUGCAUCGCCGAGACCAUGACUGUGUUCAGUGUUUGUGCUGAACUCCAACUUGAAUAUCACCUUGUGGAUCGUCGACCUCGAGAUGCGCGUUGGAAUCCUGCACCACCACAGCAUUUUGAUACUACAUGGCCCAUUGACGUGCACACUCAUGCGGCACAUCUGCAACAAUGGAUGAAACAAUGGAGCCCGAAAGGUCGAACUUGGCACAAACGCCAUCUGAGUGCUGAUACUAUGCAGCUCAUCGAUGUCAAACGAUAUCACUGGAAGCGAUUGAAUGACAUUCGUCGCCAUCAACGGCGUGGACUUCUUCGCCAACUCUUUGCAGCAUGGCGUGACCAGCCAGUUACCUUUUCAUACCAUGCAUGGAUGAAAGUUUGUGAUCAGGCUGUGGCAUGGCACCAAUGGGCCUUUGCUGACUUGGCUCCUCGAGUUGUGCAAGCAAUUCGUGACGAUGACCGCGCUUGUGGAAGGCAAUUCAGCCCGUGCUUCCACGAUGGCGCAGUAAACAAAGCAGAAGCUGAUGAUCUCCCACUUCAGAUUCGACUAGAGGCCUUACCCUCUCGUGCUGAUGUGGAAGCCUUGGGCUGCCGUAUCAAAACCAACAAAGCCUCGGGCCUUGAUUCAGUUGCUCCUCUUGUGUUGCAGCAAGCAUGCCAACAGUACUCAAGUCUUCUACACCAGUUUAUGAUGAAGGUGUGGAUCCUUGGUGCAGAGCCCUUGCAGGGCAAGGGAGGUUUGCUCCACCCUAUUGCGAAAAAGGAAGCAAGUCAACGCAUCGAUGGCAUGAGAGGGAUCAUGUUGAUUGAUGGGAUAGGUAAAUUGAUCCAUUCUCAUCUUCGUGGACAAUUUCUUCCUGCUCUGGAAGCCAUGCGCCAACCACUCCAAUUGGGAGGUUUUGCUAGGCGCUCAACAUUGUUUGCCACGAUGUAUGCGCGGGCCUUCGCGCAACUUGCAGCUCAACACACCAUGUCUUCGGCCAUCAUUUUUGUCGACAUCCGCAGUGCUUUUCAUUCCCUGGUGCGUCAAUUUGUGUUUGGAGGAGAUGGACGGCUUCACCCCAAACUGCAACGGGUCUUGGAGGAGCAUGGCAUUGACUUGACAGCUCUGCAAGCUCGGAUGGCCAUCGACAUACUUGGUAUGCACUUGGUGCCUCCGAGGAGGUUCACCAGACAGAGAGGGGUAGCAGACCGGGUAGCCCCUCUUGCCGAUGUGGCUUUUAACAGUCUGAUGCCUCUGGUUCUACAAGAGCUACAAGUCCGCCUGGACCAGCAUGCUCAGCAUGCUCCACUUCAAGCUGCAUUUGCAAGUCUCGGUUUGCGUGCCAUUCCGGUGGCAUGGGUCGAUGACCUCGCAGUGCCGGUUGUAGCCCUGCAAGCCUCGACACUUCAGCCUGUCAUGCAGUGGACUUUACGGACGCUGAUUGAUGUCUGUGCGUCGUUUGGUCUGGAGCUCAACUUGAAGCCACGCAAAACAGAAGUGGUCCCUGCCUUUCGUGGGCCAGAGGCCCCUGCAUGUAGACAUGCGUGCUUCAUUGUGAACUUUCCUGGCAUCUCGGUCCCAGACACAGACCAGAGUGUGCGUUGUGUGCCGACGUAUGAACAUCUUGGGACCUGCUUCCAAUCUGAUGGUGGUAUCGAUGCGGAGAUCCGACAUCGAGUCCGCAAAGCCAGCCUUGCUUUCAAGCAGAUCCAUCGUGUGAUCUUGAAGAACCGACAUCUGGCAGUUCCUCUUCGUUUACGUUUGCUGGACGCCUUGGUGAUGCCAGUGCUUCUUCAUGGUGCAGGGAAUUGGCCGAUUCUCACUACAUCUCAACUUCAGAAGCUGCAUGGUCGGUAUAUGCGUUGGGUGCGCUCCAUUGUUGGCAACGGCUUUUGGGCUGAUGACCAGCUCACUGAUAUUCAACUUCAACUGCAAUGGCUACUUCCUUCGAUUGCCAUGCGGCUUGCCAAACAUCGAUUGCUGUUUGCCUUCCAUUUGUUUGCAGAUGCGCCAGGGUUAAUCAUUGAGGUCGUCACAGCUACAGCUGAUUCUCCCCGAUCAUGGAUUCAAGCUUUGCGGAAAGCAUUGACCUGGGCUCUCUCUGUUGAUGCUUCUUUGCUUCAACAUGAUCCUCUGCCCACCUCCCUGGCGGACCUCAUUCAAUGGUUUGUGGCUCAUCGAGUUGAUGGUCCUCGACGUGUUCGACGCAUUUAUCGGCGUGCGCUUCAUCAUGGCUUGGUUAUUGGUGAAGCUUGGGCGGCUCAUCAAGCUCUCCUACGACAACUACAACGUGGGGGUGUUACGUUUGAUGUUCCUCUCCUGGAAGAAGCUGCACUUCCGCUUCAGCAUGAGUGCCGUUGGUGUGCGAAGACCUUUUCUACUUUGCGACAGUGGCAGAAUCAUUUGUGGAGUGCGCAUGGAGAGCCCAGUGAUGAGCAUCUCUACAUGACCACUACCGUUUGUCCUGCGUGUUGGACGUGCUAUUGGAUGGCCAAUCGGUUGCAAAUCCAUUUACGACACAGUCAACGACAACGUCAUGGUUGCUACGAGCGUCUUACAUGGCUUCAUGAGCCGUUGGAGAACCCGGUAUCCAUUGAGGACGUGAAUGGUGAUGCAUGCCAUGCCCGCCUUCCAGCAACUGCUGUUCCUCAUGUACGGUCACGACACGAAGUUGGUUGCCUGAGUUGUGAUGAUGCUGAUCACCGAUUGAAUCAAGCCUGCAGGGUUGAAAGGUUUGUUGUUCCAAAUGAUGUUGCCGGGGUUCAGGGUUGUAAGUUAGCCUUUGAUGCUGUGCUCCGCGACCAAUCCCUGCUUCGCACUGCCAACCCUGAUGCUAUCCUGUGGCGACUCUCCAGUCUUGCUGAUGGGCAUGGACUUCCAGCGAUUGACCUGUACUAUUCGAGGUUCUCGCACAUGGAUGUGGCCUUUUUCCGCCGAUGCCUAUUGGCGGUUAGGUACAUGGUCAAGCUGUCUCCUAUUGGACGCUUGGCGUGCUGGCGUCGCCGCAUGGACACUGCGUAUCGUCCUGAUGCUGAGCCUGAGGAUGUCGUAUACCUACAGAUACUGCCCCACAAGUUUUGGAGCCGGUGCGCAUGCAACGAUCCUUGCUGGCGGCCACCCUACACCGGCCCCUGUAUGUUCCUUCAUGCCGUGGAGAUCGGAGACUGUCAUUGGUGGCUGGAGCACCUCGGACACCUUCUUUGGCCAGAUGUUACCCUGCGCAUGGUAUCACUUGACACAGCGGUGCAUCCUAUUCUGGGAAAUCUCGCCGAAGGAACCAACUUUGAUCACGUUCGCCGACUUGCUCAGCAAGGACUGGUGGCAGGGGUUCUCACGGGCCCGCCCUGUGAGACAUGGUCGGCGGCGAGACAUUUGCAAGAUCCUGAUUGUCCCGGUCCCAGGCCCCUCCGAUCCGCAGAAUUUCCAUGGAGUUUGCCAGAGCGCACCGGGAAGGAGCUGAAGCAACGUUCCAUGGGCACAGAACUGCUUACAAAUUCGUGGAUCGCUGAGACUGCCACGGUGUCCAACGGCGGAGCCGCUAUCAUGGAGCACCCCUGGGAAAACAGCCAGGAUGACCGGGCAUCGGUCUGGCGCACUGACGCGCACGAAUCCUUUCUCAUGGCGUUGCCUGGGGCGCACCGGCGCUAUGUGGAGCAGUACCGCUUUGGCGCCGCUGGAGUGAAGCCUACGUGUCUCCGCUCCCUAGAAAUCUGGGGGACCCAGAUUUAG